UUCCUUGCUUUGGUCACUUCCACCACUUCAAAUCUCUGUUUUUUUCUUUAUCCUCCGUCCGCCAAGCUCCAUUGCCGUAACGAAGGAACCGGUUUUUGCUCUCCUUGCUUUGCUCACUGUACGUUUUUAUCAAUUGAUUUUUCAGUGCUGCAAAUGCAGCACAUAAAAGCAAAUUCUCAUCUUUUAUGCAAUUCAUGUGAUAGAGAUUUAGGGUUCGUUAGGCGUAAUAUUAAUGUCGCACAAUAUCUUUACUGUGACGAAUGUGUCAUAGCUCAGAAAUUUCACCCUGACAAUGCAUUCCUACAAACCUGGGACAAAGAUGUAUUCCUUGAACCUUUCACCGAUUUCUCAUUGGAAGGAAGCGAUGGAGGAAUUUUGAGGGCACAUAAGGCCGUUCUGGCAGGGAAGUCCAAAGUUUUCAAAUCGAUGCUGAGGGCAGGAAUGUCUGAGUCUGUUAGCGGUAAAGCGAAAAUAUCAGAUAUGACAGCUGAAGAAUUGCGUCCCUUAAUUAAUUUUCUGUAUACAGGCAGAGUAAAUCAAGGAAGCUUGGAAUGCCAUGGCGUUGCACUUUACAGGUCUUCUGUUAAGUAUGAUCUGCCUCUUUUGACGACCAUAUGUGAGCGUUUUCUUGAAAGUAAUGUGUAUAGAGAUAUUCGUGGAGUUUUCGAGCUUGCUGUAGAUCAUGAAGUGGAAAAAUUUCAGGAAGCUGUGUUGCCUUUUAUUUUCAACGAAGCUUUUGUUGAAAGCAAUCCUCCCGCUUUAGUUUUGAAAACCGUGCGAACGGCCUCCAAGUUCGAAAGCUUUGCAAAGUACCGAAAGAAGAAUUUUAAAGCGGUUUCUUUCCUUAUGGAGCUCGCUUUAUGUCGCAUGGCUGAUCAUCUUGACGACCCACACAAGGGGGUGGAAGAACUAAACGAAGUGGGGUCGAUUAUUCAUUUUCGAAGCUUGGAUAAGCCAAAGGAAGAUGGCUUUUGUCUUGAGUUAUCAAAACUCUACACUUAUGAUGAUGUUAUAGAUAGAGUUGCACAUACACUUGGUCUAGAUGAUCCUUCCAAAAUCAGACUCACGGGGCACAAUUGUUACUCUCAGCAACCAAAGCUCCAACCUAUAAAGUAUCGUGGCGUGGAUUACUUAUCUGAUAUGCUGGUUCAUUACAAUCAGUGUUCUGAUAUCUUGUACUAUGAAGUUCUGGAUAUACCACUCCCAGAGUUGCAAGGGCUAAAAUCCUUAAAAGUGUUUUUUCAUCAUUCAACAAAAGAUGAAGUUUCUGUUCACACUAUUAGAUUGCCAAAACAAAGUACUGUUGGAGAUCUCUUUAAUGACCUCAAGACAAAGGUUGAGUUGUCCAAUCCCGAUGCAGAGAUUCGACUGCUUGAGAUUUUCUACCACAGAAUUUACAAGAUUUUUCCACUUCAUGAAAAGAUUGAGAAUAUAAAUGAUCAGUAUUGGACUUUACGAGCGGAGGAGAUUCCAGAAGAGGAGAAGAAUCUGGGUCCUAAUAACCGUUUAAUCCAUGUUUAUCAUUUCACGAAAGAUGCAUCCCAGAAUCACAUGCAGGUCCAAAAUUUUGGAGAGCCUUUCUUUCUGCUUAUCCACGAAGGUGAGACUCUAGCAGAGGUUAAACAACGAAUCCAGAAGAAGCUGCAGGUGUCUGAUGAUGAAUUUGCCAAGUGGAAGUUUGCAUUCCUCUUCCUCGGUCGGCCUGAUUGUCUUCAAGAUACAGAGAUUGUUUCAAGUCGCUUUGAGAGAGGUGUUUAUGGAGGUUGGGAGCAAUAUCUUGGGUUGGAGCAUUCGGACAAUGCACCAAAAAGAUAUCGUCGGAACUUUUAAUAAAAAAUUCUGUCAGAAGUUUGCAGGAUCUUAUAAAUAACAAUCUGUCUUGCUGAUUCGCUAUCCUCGUAACUUUUAAUGCUACUACCUAACAUCCUAACUUGGAGAGUUGAUUUUCGUCCAGUUUAUAUGAAUUCUAGGAGAUGGUUGCUCUUACCUUUUGAAGAAAAUUGUGUCAGAACAGACUGGAUCAAUACCAAGGGAAUUCUGCAAUGAAGGUAGAGAAGAGCAUGGAUUUCACCCACAGAUCAUUGUGGGAGCUUUCUCUAGUCUUUUAUGUCAAACAAUUAUCAAUCAAAUCUGUUGUUUUGAGGAUGGCUGCAUAUGAUUUGCAAGGAACAUGUAAUUACAGGCAAAUAAUAACAGAAUGUUUUUGUUGUUGAAAACUGCAGUUAUAGACUACUUUUUUCUUGAAUGUUAA